CAUCCAUCUAACCCCGUUUGAAACGUACACGAAGCGACCUCAAAUUCUAAAGCACUUGGACAUAUAACAGGACGGUCGUGAAACAACAAGAAGUAUGUCGACGCCGUUCGUGAUUACCUGCUGCAUUUUGUUGCUGAUAUCUUCAGUCCAUAGCCAGAACGCAUGCGCAGACUUGGACACUCAGGCGUGCGUGCGCAUGCAUGCAACGCAACCGGGCCUCUGCGAAACGUCGCUUGCUGAUUCGGCGUGCCCCGAAUACUGUGGAAAAUGCUUCACGCUGCCGCCACAGACGACGACGGUCUUGCUGACAACGUCGACAAAGCCGUGUGAGGACAUCGACACGCUGGCCUGUCAAAAGAUGCAACAAAGCAAACCAGACCUUUGCCUCGACGAUAGUCUCGCUGAGCUCGCCUGUAAAAGAUUCUGUGGAAGAUGCCCGGUGGAGUGUUACUCGUGCCCCACCCUGGUGAGGAGCUUGUCGGAAUGCAGGGCGACGACCACGUGUCAAGUAAGCGAGGCUUGUUACGUGAUGGAAGUUUUUCACUUCGACGCUUCUCAUGGAUUCCGCGCGGGAUGCAUGCCAAAAGACCUGUGCAUUCCCCACAAAAACGAGCUGAUGGUUGGUCGAAGUUCGAGCACGGUUCACACCAGCUGCUGUGAUACGGACCGGUGCAACCUCCUGCCAGUUCUACUGGAGUUCAAAGCAACAGGAGACAGAUACACAAAUAUAGACAAUGAGAUAAUCGAGGCUUACCAAAUAUCAAGAAGACUACCGUACUUCGGGGAAUAUGUGCAUUGGUUCAGGCCAAGUAUGGACGGAUUUAUAUCGCUAGAUUUCCAACCAUUAUACAACCAAUAUGGAGGGGAAAAUGCCAGCGAGUGGAAGACAGCUGUUCAGAACCACAGGGUAAUCGCUCCAUUAUGGACUAACAUCGACAGCAGAAAUAUAACAGACGGUGGUAUGUGGAUCCAUGUGUUUACUGACCAUCAAAAGGACAAGGAAGACAUUAAGAAGAUUCAGGACCUUAUCCACAUGUACACCAACCAGACCGAGUUCAACGUCAGGGUUGCCUUGGUCGCCACGUGGAGACACGUGACUGUCCACUCGCCCUACGAACCCGGAUAUGAGCUAGUUAAACAUCAGAACUUGUCGAUGCAGUGCAUACUGGUGUCAGACGAGAUGUACACCUAUAUCAUGUUCAACUAUGACCAAGAACAAUUUAGUAUCAGACCAUUACCGGAAGUGUCUGUUGCUAGUGGUUACACUCAUGUGGAUUUCCAGGGCACCAUUCUGUCUGAUAGGCACAACUUCACAAAACUUAAUCAAGAAACCAAUGUCAUUCCAGGACUCCGUGGACGAUGGUUGUACAACGUAACUGUUGUCACCGACUCCAUGCGAAAUGAAAUCCUGUGUCAAAGGUUUUACCGAGACAAUAAUGUCACGCUAAAAGCUUGGAUUCAGAACCAGUUGGGGUAUGCACUGCCCUGUCCGUGUCAGGAGGUGCUCAUGCUGGAGGACUAUACUUUCACCCGCAAUGACUCACUACGUCCUAAGUUUGGAUUCCACAUGACUUGCUACGAGUCCAGGUUCUUCAGCGCCUAUGGCAUUAAACAAAGAUGCUGCUAUAUGUUCAGCAAACUGCAGUCUCAGUACCCGGGUGCAGUGGCGGCAGAGUUUGAAAACAAAACGGUUGCCGGAUUGCUCGAAAAGGGUUACAAUCAGUGCUGCUCGCCUGGUGUCAGCCAGAAAUACUGUAACAUGUACCAGGAGAUCAACCCGCCUGAUGACUGCUCAAGAUACACGAUCAACGACGAGCUGCCGCCUCGGGCAGACAUCAUGCAAGAUGACCUUGGUGUUUAGAAGCAACACGAGGACGCGGCGGGCGAGGGGAUGCUGGGCCACUUCGUCAGAAGUGUGCGAAAAAUGUUUGGACUGUAAGCUUGACCAUAUACACAUAACAAUCAUGAACAGUGUAACCGAAGUGUGAAAAAGGUGUAGUUAAUCUUAAAUGUGCAUAUAUGAUGUGUGACGUAGAGUCUUCCAAUUAUAUGUAUGGUAACUUUCCCUUUGGUCGAUCUAAAAAAUGUAUUUUUAGUCAAACGCUUUUGAUUUUAAAUUCUUCUAAAAUAUGCUUCACUUGUUAAGUAUAAUUUUCAGAGGUUUCAUUGGAGUAUUGUUAUUUAUAGAUACAUAGUGAAUGUAUGUGUAUUACAUGUAUUGUCAGCGGGACAAUUAUUUGUAUACCUAUAGGUAAACGUACCGCAGAAUAUGUCAGCAUGAAUGGAAAAAGGACUGGUCUAAUCUGUGUUUCUAUUUGUUUGCUGUUGAUUAUGUUACUUCUUAAAACACGGAAGACAGUACAAUUUGUAGUACAUGUACAUUAGUCAUACUUUGGAUUCGUCUGAAGGUGGUGUGUUUGAUAAGAUAACUUAAUAAAAGAUUUUUUAGAAAAUAAUAUUUUCAUCACAGUAUGUUUUCAAAUAACUAACAAUCAGGAGUACAUAAUGUUCUGUGACAAUACCUUUAACAGAAAUGUUAAGUUUGUAACGAUUUGAUAGGGCGCGUUUAAGACAUAAAUUUCUUUGUUCAAUUUCACGGGGUUCAUUUUUUAACUUUUUUCAAACACUAAAUGUCCUUACUUAUUGCCGAAUAACCUAACCUUUGUUCAAGACUUUCUAUAAAAUAGUCGAAAGAUAUGAGGUUGCACUGUUUAAUCAUAGGAAAUUAUUAACUAUCAUUGAACUUAAUAGAUUUCUUUCACAAAUAUUUGUGCUUUUACAAAGAAU